AUGGGUUUCUUCAACAAGCGUUCGCGCGACGCCUCUUCGGCCGAAGGCCACACUGCUGGUCAUACCGGCAGCCAUGGUCUGCGCCAUGAUAAGGGCGAACCGUACACCAUGUCCCGCCGUCCCAGCUUCGGACAAUGGCUGAAGGGGACUCUGCUCGACAUCAUUACCAUGAUUUGCAUGGGUGCCAUCGGCCUCGGUAUCUACAUGGCGCCCCCCGCCCCGAACCGGUCGUUCGCCGUCACAUUUUCCGAUGGUGAAGUCGUCUACCCCGAGUUCGCAUACCCUCUGCGCAACGAGAUCAUUCCUAUUUGGCUCGCUGCCUUCCUUGCCUCCGUCAUCCCGAUCGUGAUCAUUUUGAUCAUGCAGAUUCGCGUCCGCUCCUUCUGGGACGUCAACAACGCCGUCAUCGGCCUGCUGUACUCCCUCAUUUGCGCCGCUGUCUUCCAGGUCUUCAUCAAAUUCCUUAUCGGUGGACUUCGACCUCAUUUCCUUGAGGCAUGCAAGCCUGAUCUUUCGCGUGUUACCGCAGAUCAGGGUGGCAUCGCCCGCACCGGCUACAGCCCUGCUGGUUUCAACGCCAUCUAUGUGACCAAGGAGGUCUGCACUGGCGACAUGAAGGAGAUUAACGACUCCCUCGAGAGUUUCCCGUCUGGUCACACCACUGCGGCCUUCGCCGGUUUUGUCUACCUGUACCUCUACCUCAACGCCAAGCUCAAGGUGUUCUCCGACUACCACCCCUCGAUGUGGAAGUUGAUCGUCAUCUACAUCCCCAUCCUGGGCGCUGUUCUCAUCGGCGGUGCCCUCACUAUCGACGAGUUCCACAACUGGUACGAUAUUUUCGCCGGUGCCGCUAUUGGUAUCGUUUUCGCCUUCUCUUCGUACCGCAUGACCUACGCCGCGGUGUGGGACUUCCGCUUCAACCACAUUCCCCUCAACCGCGGCCAGGCUUUCUCCUAUGGCCCGGACGCCGAGCUGUACGAUGCCGUCUUCACCCGCAAGGCCGGCUGGGGUGCGCGCGGAGGUGGCGGUUUGCUCCAUCGCGAGAAGCAUCACCAUGGCGCUGCUACCGGUACGCACAGCGCAAACGGUUACGACGCGGGCAUGGGUGCUCGCAAGCCUGUUGGCUCUGGGUCUAGAGCGCCCGACACGAUGGUUUAA